AUCAGCAAACAUGGAGGAACUCUUCAAGUUCUGCAAACCAAACAUUCAUGGAUCCGAAUAAUCCCCGUUGGGGUUGGAGUUGGUUGGAGCGAUGGAUGGCCGCCCGGCCAUGGGAAAACAUAACUGCAGCCGACAAAGAACUGAACAAUGACCUUCUUUCUCCAAGCAGCACCAUAAACCGUUCCGUUUCUGUUCUUGGAGAUGCCAAGAUUCACUCUCCAACUGCCAAGAAACAAAGCCGGCCCCCAAGCAGGCAAUCCCCUUCGACUCCCAAGUCGAAAGGUGCUGGUAGAAUAAGGCCACAGAGCCCAAGAGGAACCAUUGGCACAGAUGAGGAUUCAAAGAGCAUUAACAGCACUCAAUCAGAACGAUGUCGAAGGCACAGCACUGCCGGUUCAUCCCUGAGAGACGAUGAGAGCCUCGCAAGCUCAUCUACCGUCCCAAGCUACAUGGCAUCCACAGAAUCAGCAAGAGCUAAAUCGCGGUUAGGACUAGAUAAAGUCGGCACACCCGAAAAGUCGUCAGGUGGUUCUGCAAAGAAACGGCUCUCUUUCUCGAGUUCCCCUGUUGCGGGCCCUAGGAGGCAUUCCCUUCCCGCAAAGAUCGGUCCUUGUCCUAAUAACGGACGCUCGUAACAAACUAGACAUGUAUGGAGAGUAACACAUCGAAAGAGAUGCUGAAGAUGAACGCAAAGAAUCAAGAGAUGAACAUCAUCUGCCAAUUGAGGGAAGUGUUUUCUGGCUUAUUUGUUUUCAACUCGAGUUUUCUUCUUCGUCAAAUGAGUGUGGGUUCGAAAUGUUUGUGAAUAAGUUAGAGGUCGGCAUUGUGGUGAAACGUUUGUGACACUGGUGCUGUGUUUAUGUUGCCUUUCUCUUGUGUGCAUAUUGUAACUUUUUAUUUCUCUAACCUGUUUGUUGUUCGAGAUUUUUCAGUCUGACUUACUGUAAGAAAUGCCACUCCGUUCUCAUGCC